GGUUGCCUCCUGCCUCCCACCCUCCCCUCAUCUUCCUCCCUUCUCGACGAAAGAGAGUGCAAUCCCUAGGGCAGACGCUGAUGCACCGGCCGCCAGAGGAAGACCAGACCGAGCGGAGCGACUGGGCGAGCGACGAGAAGGAGAGAGUCGGGUUGUGGAUGCCAUAGAGGUCGAGUCCGAUCGACUGCUCCCUGGUUUUGAAAGAAUAUCGCACGUUUAUGGGAGAUUUGCAGUUCAUCGGGGAAAAUUUGAAGCAGUCGGCGUCGAAAGUGACGAAGAUUGUAUCGUAGGGUGUGGAGAUGGAGGAAAGGGCAGUAAAGCACGGCCGAAGGCGCAGAGUAUUCCACGGCCGGCCAUCGAUGGUGGUAAGGGCUUUGUCAGCCCGAGAUCACCACGAGGAAGGACUCGCGACGAGAGAGAAGUUCGCACCGGAUUCUCCUUCUGAUAGGGGAGCGCUGUUGCUGGUUUACCUCAGCACGGUCCAGACGGCGGCACCAUGUCGGUGGUGAGCACCGCGAGCGUGCCAGCAGCCCGCUCGUUGUGCUGCCGAGACUGCUGCCCACCAAAGGCUGCUGGGCUUACUCGAGAUGGAUGGCUACGAUUACAGACGAAUGCUACCAGGAGGUCGCAGUAGUCACUGUAAACAUAAGGGCAAGAACUCUCUUGUUUCGUAUUAUGGACUGCACCAACUGCACAUCUUCAUCUCUGUGUUACUCGGGCUGCAUUCUGUACGAGGAUGAGACUUUCGAUUAAGGACAGUCAGCCGCAUUGGUGGCAUCGAAGGUCAGUGAUCAAUUCGGGACGAAUGACUUAUUGUGCUUGAUGAAGUUGUUGCGAUCAAUUUGAUGAAGAUUAGAUGAAAUCAGAUGGAGUGGCUGCAUUUCCAGGGUUUUUGGUUUCUUUGGGUUCAUUAACGGCACUGCCUGGGCUGGACUUCGCGCCAGUGGAGGUUUUUUAUUACCUGUGGGAGUUGAAAGAGUCGAUAGUACCAGCGCUGUUGCUGGUUUACCGGCAGCACGAGCUGAGGUCGGUACCAUGACGUUGGUGAGAAGAGCGAUGGAUCCAACUCCGCCACUCUGUCAAAUGUCUAUUCCAAUCCCUGCUUUGUUUUCUUUUUCUCGCCCUUGCCCUCUUUCUUUUUCUCCCUCGACCUAUCGAAAUUGUCGAUAGUCAUUUACUGUGGUCAGAAGUGUACAUAGUUGACGUACAAAAUCGUACGUAGUUGACGCGGGCGGAAGGGGUAGCCCAAAUUCCGACCACGGUUCAUACGUUUAACUACGUGGUUGACGUACAAAAUUGUACAUAGUUGACGUACGAAAACGUGCAUAGUUGACGCGGGCGGACGGGUAGCCCCAAUUCCGACCACAGUUCAUAUGUGUAACUACCUGGUUGACGUACAAGAUUGUACAUAGUUGACGUACAAGAUUGUACAUAGUUGACGUACAAGAUUGUACAUCGUUGACGUACAAAAUUGUACAUAGAUGACGCGGGCGGACUGGGUAGCCCCAAUUCCGACCACAGUUCAUACGUUUAACUACUUGGUUGACGUACAAAAUUGUACAUAGUUGACGUACAAAAUUGUACAUAGUUGACGUACAAAAUCGUACAUAGUUGACGCGGGCGGACGGGGUAGCCGAAAUUCCGACCACAGUUCAUACGUUUAUCUACUUGGUUGACGUACAAAAUUGUACAUAGUUGACGUACAAAAUCGUACAUAGUUGACGCGGGCGGACUCGGUAGCCCCAAUUCCGACCACAGUUCACACGUUUAACUACUUGGUUGACGUACAAAAUUGUACAUAGUUGACGUACAAAAUCGUACAUAGUUAACGCGGGCGGACGGGGUAGCCGAAAUUCCGACCACAGUUCAUACGUUUAACUACUUGGUUGACGUACAAAAUUGAUUGAUGAUACCCUAAUGUUGAUUUCAUUGUUCCAUUUCCCUGCUUUGCGAAAAAGUUCCCAGCAGAGGGAAUCGAACCCCCGACCGCGGAAUUGGUAGUUCCAUACGCUAUCCACUGCGCCAUACUGGGUUUCUGUCAAAAAGUGACUGCGGUACAAAAUUUAUUUCUUUAAUUUAAUAAUAUAAUUAAUCUGUCAAAGUUAUGACACACCAUCUCAAUACACCCUACCCCACCGGACCUGUCCUCAUACUCCCCGCCAUCAUACUCGCCUUCCAUCAUACUCCCAGCCCACCAUUUCUCGCCUUCGCCCAGCCUGCUCGGUGAACGUCUGGCUCAGUCCCGACCAAAACCGUUUGUCCACGCGAGCCCACCAUUUCUCGCCUUCGCCCAACCCGCUCGGUUAAUGUCCGCCCCAGUCCCAAUCAAAACCGUUCGUCCACGCGGCCCGCUUCCUCCGUGCAGGUCUACAUCGCCCCGACCCGGUUCUUUCCGCUCCUCGCCAGGUUGCGUAAGAAAAUAAAUUAUGUGAGAACAAAUCUUUCGUGCCGAUGUACGUCGCCCCGACCCGGUUCUUUCCGCUCCUCGCCAGGUUGCGCUAGAAGAUAAAUUAUGUGAAAAGAAAAUAACAAUAACAGUCGUUUGUGCUAUCAAAAUCA